ACACGGAAGGGAAAUGAUGUUCGGGGGUUAACUAGUGCAUCCACUCACUUCCGGGUUAUUGUUCCGUCACAACGAUUGACAGCGGGUAGUGCCGUUUCGCACGGUACUGUGGAGAGGAUGGCCGGUUGUGGUGAAGUAAGCCACACUGCAAAUAUGUUGCCCACAAACAAGAAGCUAGGAGAAGCUUGUUCCAAUGGUGCCCCAAGCCUUGCAGUCCCAGAAUGUGCUAUCUGCCUCCAAACCUGUGUUCACCCAGUCAGUCUUCCUUGCAAGCACAUCUUUUGUUAUCUGUGUGUGAAAGGAGCCUCAUGGCUUGGAAGGCGAUGUGCACUGUGCAGGCAAGAAAUCCCUGAGGACUUCCUGGAUAAGCCAACUUUACUCUCCCCUGAGGAACUAAAGUCUGCCAGUCGAGGGAAUGGUGAAUAUGCUUGGUACUAUGAGGGAAGAAAUGGUUGGUGGCAGUAUGAUGAGAGGACGACCAGAGAGCUGGAAGAUGCUUUCACAAAAGGCAAAAAGAACACAGAGAUGCUCAUAGCUGGUUUUCUUUAUGUAGCUGAUUUUGAGAACAUGGUACAGUAUCGACGAAAUGAGCAUGGACGCCGCAGAAAGAUAAAAAGGGAUAUUGUGGACAUACCAAAAAAAGGUGUUGCUGGACUACGACUAGACUGUGAUGCAGCAAAUGUAAACCCUGCUCGAGAAAGCUCAGCUGACGGUGCAGAUAACAUUGCAGCAUCAGGCCAGCCUACUGCUCUUUUACCUGUAAGACCUCAUACAGCACUUGGUGGUCAGACUGCAAAUCCAGCCCCUGCAAACUCGCAAACCGAUGGCACUUCACUUGACAGUGCAUUCUCUCAACUUCAGAUCGGAGAUCAUGAUAUGGGUAGAAAUAACAUAGGGGAAGGUGAAGAAGGACUUCCACAGCUUGGAGGCAGAGUGCCACCUGCUAAUACCACUGUAGAUGAACCUGAAUCAGAUGACGGCAGCGAUCAAGGGAUUCUUUCACUUCAGCAGAACCCAUUACUUGUUCAGCAAAGACAAAACGUUGUAGGGUCUACGCAGCAAGCACCAGAUCGUGCGGCUGCAUCAGCUAACGGUGCACAAAGUGCCAGUGUGAGGUCUAGGAGACCUGAUGGACAGUGCACAGUUACUGAGGUUUAAGUAAGUGAGGUUCCCAUGCUUUUAACAAGCCAUGCAAGAUGUCAUUGCUUUAGGAUUGAGCUCAGACCUAGACAGCUGGUUAUUUGAAUAAAAAAUACUGACCCCCUAACAUGAAGUAUAUCUUGAUUUGUUUCAUUUUUAAGCUGGAAGGUCUAUUUAUUAGUAGAUGAGUGAGAAGACUGAGUUGGCAUAUACGGAGUGCUGAACUGGCCUAUAUGAUUCCAUGUUUUUAUAGUACUGCUAAACCAGAAGGUAUGGUCAAGGAAGUAACAGUCUGAUGAUUGUAGCACUAUCAAUUGCUCUCGUGAAAGUAGAAGAAACAUAAUUCA